CUUACAACAGCAUUUGGGGGAAAUACUAUACUAACAUUGUCUUCUUCUUCCUCCUCAAAGCCAAAAACUUUUGUCUGCACUUAGCCGUGAGCGCAGAGGCCAAAUUUGCUUCUUUUUUUUCUUCCCUUUUAUCAGAUGAUAGGAGGAAGGAACACAUCAGAAGAUUCCAAUUCCUUAUCUCCGCUGAAAAUCAAUCACCGAUUCGCCUCUUUUCUCUCUGCUCCGUCGUCUUCUAGGGUUUCCUAAUGCAUGAGUUCUCUACUGUUGAUGGUUUUGCGGAGAUAAACGAGAGCUUAGCCGAGAUGAUUAAGUACAUCGCCAACGAACCCUCAGUGGGUCUUUACUACAUCCAGCAGCACGUCCGCAACGCAGCACCCAAUGUCCUUAACCUCAACGCCCAAGUCUUGGACAAGUCUCGUGAAACUGCUCUCCAUACUGAAGACUCGGAAGAUUCAAUAGCCAUGGUGAAAUCAAUGAAAGAGUGUGGCUCUCUUAUAGCCGAUGGGAUGAUUGGAGACAUCAAAAGCUCCUUAGCGAUAAUGUCCUCAAAACAACCGAGGAGAGGGCUCAUCCUCAACGCUGGGAGCCCUUGGAGCAGCAGAUCCAGCAGCAGUGUAGCAACGCAAACAACAACAAUGCGUGGUUCUGAUUACAGCCAGGAUACUAGCGAAAGCGGCAGCUAUUUCACAUCGGUGUUCAAGUCGGCUAAGGAGAAAGCAAGCAACAUCAAAUGGCCACAGCUUGACUUCAAAGAACAGAAGGUGGAGACUAUCCCCAAUGUGGAAAGCAAUGAGUUAGAAGAAGAAGAAACCUUAAGUAAAGGUGAGCAUAUGGUGGAGAAGACAAAGUUCGAGGAGUUCAAGGCUGGUAAAGAAGCGAGUCUUAAGGCAUGGCUUGGAGGUGUGGAUGAGGAUGCAGAUGUUGUUGGACAUGCUACUGAGAGGGUUUAGCGUUUUGUGUUAAUGGUGUUGGGAGCAGGGCGGAUCCACCGAAGAAGCAGAGCUCUUAUUAAUGUGUAAUUCAUAACGUCAUAUGUUAAAUAACACAUGUUACACCUUUUAUUACCAAGGACAGUUUCGUCAUUUACAAGUAUGUCUCGACGACAUGAACAUAGAAGUGUUUGGUUUCGUGACA